AUGGAGAGAAUUUCAUACACUCAAGAGCUUGUCACAAAGUUCAGCCAUUGCUCCACUAUUCUUCAGUACUACGGGACCUUCACUGAAGCCAUGCGAGUAAUCCCGUUCCUAUGUAAAGGGAGUCUAGCCAUGGUCAGAGUCUACUAUGAAGCCCUCAAGAACAGACUCAACACAAAGAAAAGUAUUCUCAGGCAGAAAGGCAGCUUCACAAAGGAAUUAGUAAAGUUCCUCCUAGAAAGCAAGAGGUACUUGUGCUACCAGAUGGAAAUCAAGCUGGAGAAGCCCAAAGAAGUCACUUUGUUUAAGAAGUUUAUCAGCAAAAUAGAAAAGCCUGAAAAUGCUCAGUUCAGGCUGAUAAAUGUUAUGUUUACAGAAUCAGUAGUCGAUGUUGAAAUGUAUAACUCUAUUUACUGGAGACUUGUGAAUCUGAAUAUAGACCCAUCAGGAUUGCAGUUUAACUUUCCUGAAUAUUUAAGUUAUGGUCUUAAGACCAAAAAGAAAGGAGUAAAGUUUGAGUACACUAAAUAAGAUUUACCAUGAUCACAUACCUACUUAUUGAUCUCUUUUUAAAAGGAUUCAUUCUGCGCAGCUUGAUAUUUGAUAUCAGAAUUUGCAGAACCUAUUGCGUUUAAGUAUUCCUAUCUCAGAGUUAAAACUCGCUAUCAAGAUCAUACAGGAAGGAAAACCAAAAUUGCUUGAUUUUGAGAAUAUACAUAUUUAUCCCAACAAUAUUUUAGAAGAGGAAGAAGAUCUUUUCUUUGAGAAUCUAAGAAAGUCUUGUUCUCAUGUCACAAAGGUCAUCCUUUUGCCUAUAAUUGAAGGUGUUGAAGACCCUAGCUCUCUGAAUUGGUAUACUUUAGAAGAUGUACAAGAGGUUUUCCCAAAUGUAAAGGAUAUCGAAUAUGAUUUCAAAUAUUUACCUUGGUCAGUGCUCAUUAAAUCUAAAACUUUCAAUACAUCAAAAUGGGUAAAAUAUUACCCUCCUCCUUCUUUGUUUUGCUCUUCGUUGCUUCAGAAUGCCUGUAGUUACUCAAGCAUCAACUCAGUCCUAAAGAAUGGCUACUUUGUAAUAAAAGAUGUGGAUUUCUUUCUUUACAACCCAGCCACAGAGGAAUACUCAAGCUUCCAUUGUACUAAAUACUUUCAGGCAAUCAAUAUCAAGACUUAUGAUUCAGAGAGUAUGGAGAUAGAGAAAUUUAAGAAGGAAAAAGCUCAAAUUAUCUCUCUAAGCAGUUGGCCUAACAUCAGAUUCACUGAAGUCAAAUAUUUGGAAGGAACUAAAUUUGAACAUGUAUCCAAAGUUAAUACACUUAACUGCCAACAGUUUGAACAAGCGAGAGAAGAGUUUACAGAAGAGCAUAAAGAGUACACUGAAUCGAAUGAACCAAUUAUGUUCUUCAAAGAGAAAACAUUUGAUAAGGUUGUUGGGUUAGAUUUCCUGAUGAAAUAUCAACCUAGGACUUGCAGAGAAGUAUGCAUCAAGCUAGAAAAUGAUUCAAACUUGUCUGAAAAUGUAGAAAAUUUAAAGAUUUUAUCAUCAAUAAGAGUAGUUUCAAAGCUUUCUCUUGAAGUAGAGCUUACACCAGAAAAUUGUGAGCUUAUUAUAAAAGCUCUUAAUCAUAAGAUUCCAUACAUAACUAUCAUAGUUUCAAAGCUGACUCUGAAAAAGAUUCCAAAGGAUAUUCGUCAAAAGCUUGUCACUUGUCUAGUUUGCCACAAGUCUCUAAGGAAUCUUAGUUUUAAGUUCAAAGAGAGUAAUGAGAUCCAGAAAUAUCACAAGUCAAAUUCAGAUGAAGGAAAAUUGAAGUUCAAGAAGUUUCUAACGAAAAUGCUUCUUACUUUUAGUCACUAUGUGGAAAAGAUUAGCCUCUGGAAGGAGGUUGAAUUAAUUGAUUAUUAG